CCGAAACUGAGCGUCAGCCGCUCACCAAUCUUGCCAGGUUCGGCUCCCUGUCUCGCUGUCUCCCUGCCAUCGGCCGCCUGGAACCCGCAUCCGCAUCGUGCACGACCGCACUGCACCGCAUUCCCUCCCCGAAACAUCCACAUCAUGGUGCUCUCCCCAUGAUCAUCACGACGUCGACCUCCAGGAUGCCGUCCACCAAAAACGCGAAUGGCGAUAUCCAUUUUCACCAAAAGCACAAUGCCGCCCACGGCGCGCCGCGCUCUGAUACCAAGAGCGCCUUUCGCCAGACCAAGUUCUGGACCGUCGGCCGUCUGCGCAGCGCUACUACCGCCAGCGAGGGCAACCCGCUCGAGACCGAGACGCUGAGCCCGACCGCCCUCGCGAACCCCUAUUUCGCCCACCAGGGCCAGCCCGGCCUGCGCCACCAUAACGAGGGCUCCGUGCCGCCGAGCCCGCCCGACACCCCCUCGGUCCACGUGAACCCGCCCGACGACGACGACGCCAGCGGCACCGAGAAGGCGUCCGCCGCCACCGCCGCCCGCAAGGAGGAGCUCGCGAGGAAGCUGCGGAGGGUGGCCAGCGCCCCGAACGCCCAGGGCCUGUUCGCCAAGGGCGCCAAGGGCGACGGCAGCAGCACCGACGACGAGCGGCCCGCCACGGCCGAGAUGGGCAAGGAGCCGCUGGAGGAGGGCCUCGGCCCGAAUGCGCUGGGCUUCGCCGACGGCAUGGGCAAGGCGACAUCUGAGAGUGGUCUGGCACCGCCCGACGCCGACGGCCUCGGCUCGCUGCCGCCGCCGCCGACCCAGUCGGCUCUCGCGUUCCGUAGGACGUACAGCUCGAAUUCGAUCAAGGUCAGGAAUGUGGAGGUGGGACCGCAGAGCUUCGACAAGAUCAAGCUCAUCGGCAAGGGAGAUGUCGGCAAGGUGUACCUGGUGAGGGAAAAGAAGAGCAGCAGGUUGUAUGCCAUGAAGGUGCUGAGCAAGAAGGAGAUGAUCAAGCGGAACAAGAUCAAGAGGGCGCUGGCGGAGCAGGAAAUUCUGGCGACGAGCAAUCACCCUUUCAUCGUGACGCUCUACCACUCGUUCCAGUCCGAGGACUACCUCUACCUCUGCAUGGAAUACUGCAGCGGCGGGGAGUUCUUCCGUGCGCUGCAGACGCGGCCGGGGAAGUGCAUAUCCGAGGAGGACGCCCGGUUCUACGCGGCCGAGGUGACUGCCGCGUUGGAGUACCUACAUCUGAUGGGAUUUAUUUACCGGGAUUUGAAGCCAGAAAACAUCCUCCUCCACCAGUCUGGCCACAUCAUGUUGUCAGACUUUGACCUCUCAAAACAAUCCGACCCCGGCGGCAAGCCGACCAUGAUCAUUGGCAAGAACGGCACGAGUUCGACGUCGCUCCCGACCAUCGACACCAAAUCGUGCAUUGCCAACUUCCGGACGAAUUCGUUCGUCGGCACCGAGGAGUACAUCGCGCCCGAGGUAAUUAAGGGAAGCGGACACACCAGCGCCGUCGACUGGUGGACGCUAGGGAUCUUGGUGUACGAGAUGCUUUACGGCACGACGCCCUUCAAAGGCAAGAACCGCAAUGCGACCUUUGCCAACAUUCUCCGCGAGGACAUCCCCUUCCCGGAUCACGCGGGCGCGCCGCAAAUAUCAAACCUCUGCAAGUCCCUAAUCCGCAAGCUCCUCAUCAAAGACGAAAACCGGCGGCUCGGCGCGCGGGCGGGCGCGUCCGACAUCAAGACGCACCCCUUCUUCCGCACGACGCAGUGGGCGCUGAUCCGGCACAUGAAGCCGCCCAUCGUGCCGCACCAGGGCCGCGGCAUCGACACGGUCAACUUCCGCAACGUCAAGGAGAGCGAGAGCGUCGACAUCAGCGGCUCCCGCCCCAUGAAGGGCGACGGUGUUGGCGGCGGUGGUGGUAGUGUCGGCGUGCCCCUUGACAGCGGACUCGCUACACCGGGUGCAGAGACCCCCGACCCGUUUGAGGAGUUUAACAGUGUGACGCUGCAUCAUGAGGAGGAGUGGAAUUCGGGGGGGCGGAGUUGAGGUGUGGGGUCCGGGGGGUCCGGGGAAUGAAUGGAUAGAGCAGAGGAAGAAGAGGGGGGCAUUGGAAUGGAUCGUUACGGGUGGCAUUUUUUUUCCAUGGCCUCAGAUCACCCACAGUCCAUUCAUUCGAUUAGACAAGGCCGGCACGGUGUAACGAGGGAGGGAGUGAGCGCCGGGUGAGAGAGGCAGAGCUGGUUCGGUCGGUUCGGGCAUGGGCGAGGAAGAGAGCGGUUAUUGUGGGCCGCGGUUCAUGUUCAUGUACUCACGCUUCAUCUGAUGGAGUUUUACGGCGUUCUUUUUUUACGCUUCUCUUCGAUGGAGGAGAGCUUGUUCUUUUUUGAUCUCCCUUUCUGUUCAGGGAGGGAGGGAGGAAGG